CUCGUGUUACUUUCCCAGUAAACCUUCUUCCACCCCCCAUCAACACCAUGUUGGUUGGUAACAUCUACGUGAUCGCGGGUGUCGCCGUCGUCGGUGGCGCCCUCUUCGGCUUCGAUAUCUCUUCCUUGUCAGCCCAACUCAAUGAAAACGCCUACAAAUGCUACUUCAAUCAGGGUCCCCAUGGCCCGCCCUUCGACGACUCGGAAGAUUGUUCGGGGCCAACCUCGCUGAACCAAGGUGGCAUCACCGCUGCCAUGGCGGCCGGUUCUUGGCUGGGCGCCUUGAUUUCCGGACCGCUGUCUGAUCGCAUCGGACGCAAAUCUUCCAUCAUGGUGGGCUGUAUUAUCUGGUUGAUCGGAUCUACUAUCUGCUGUGCGGCACAGAACAUCGGUAUGCUCGUGGCCGGCCGUGUUAUUAAUGGCUUGUCGGUCGGGAUCGAGUCGGCCCAGGUGCCAGUCUACAUCAGUGAAAUCUCCCCUCCCUCCAAGCGCGGUCGAUUCGUCGGCAUGCAGCAGUGGGCUAUCACCUGGGGUAUCCUGAUCAUGUUCUACAUCUCGUACGGAUGCUCCUACAUCGGCGGCCAGAAGUCCUACAACUACAGCACCGCCUCGUGGCGGGUCCCCUGGGGUCUGCAGAUGCUCCCGGCCGUGUUCCUGCUCGGAGGCAUGAUGCUGCUGCCGGAGUCACCUCGCUGGCUGGCGCGCAAAGAUCGUUGGGAGGAAUGUCAUCGUGUGCUGGCUCUGGUCCAUGCGAAAGGAGACUUGCACCACCCGUUUGUCGCGCUUGAGAUGCAAAAUAUCCGUGACAUGUGUGAACUCGAACGGCAAUUCAAGAACGUCACCUACAUGGAUCUCUUCAAGCCGCGCAUGCUGAAUCGCACCCUGAUCGGCCUCUUUACUCAGAUCUGGUCUCAGCUGACCGGCAUGAAUGUGAUGAUGUACUACAUCACCUAUCUGUUCUCCAUGGCCGGCUACACGGGCAAUUCCACCCUGCUCGCCUCGUCCAUCCAGUACAUCAUCAACGUGCUCAUGACCGUACCAGCACUGAUCUGGAUGGAUCGCUGGGGAAGACGCCCUGCCUUGCUGGUCGGAUCCGCCUUGAUGGCCAUCUGGAUGUAUACCAAUGCUGGUAUCAUGGCAGUUCAUGGUGAGGUGGUCGAAGGUGGUAUCGAUGGCGUUGCGGCCGAGUCCAUGCGACUGCACGGAGCGGCAGCGAAAGGACUGAUUGCCUGCACGUACUUAUUCGUCGCCUCCUACGCCCCCACCCUCGGCCCCGUAUCAUGGACUUACCCGCCCGAGCUCUUCCCGCUGCGUCUGCGCGGAAAAGGAGUGGCCCUCGCGACCUCAGGCAACUGGGCCUUCAACACCGCGCUGGGCCUGUUCACGCCCACCUCGUUCGCCAACAUCCGGUGGAAGACCUACAUCAUCUUCGGCGUCUUCAACACGGCCAUGUUCAUCCACUUCUUCUUCAUCUUCCCCGAGACCGCAGGCAAGACCCUCGAAGAGACGGAGGCGAUGUUCGAGGACCCCAACGGCAUCAAGUAUCUCGGCACUCCCGCGUGGAAGACCAAGGUUCGCACUAGUACGCUGCGGGAGAUGGAGCGUGGUCACAUGGAUUUGGAGUCGAAGGUAGAGACUGGUCCAGCUCAUACCGAGACCGUGCCCCCGGAGGAGAAGCGCGCGGAGGCGCAGGUGCAGGGUUGAUGUGGUGGAGCUGGAGGAUCGGGUAGGGGUGAACGUUCCCGGCCCUGAGUCAGAUUGAGUUAAGCUGGCUGAAGUUCAUAAGGUGAUGACCGGACUGAGUGAGGUGUCCUGGAUCAGUAAGUGCAUCAGUGCACCGGUUUAAUAAGCUUUCAUGUUGUAGCAUGACAGGAGGGGUAAUUAACAAAGGAAUUGAAGCCGUGUAUCACCG